UUAGGCGGAUAUUUACUUUUUUUUUUUAACACUUUCUUUAGAAAGAUAUGAGGUUCUCUUCCUUAUUGCUUCUAUCCUUUACGUUUAUAACUCAAUAUACAAAAUCCAAUAAACUUCCUGGUUUAAAUAAUACGGCAAAAGAUUCAAACUCUAAUUAUGAUCCUUCACACAUAAAAGUUAUUGAAACGGAUUUUGAAAAAUCUCUCAUAGAUGACUCUGAAUAUAGAGUUAUUAAGCUGAAAAAUGGUCUAGAAGCUAUAUUGGUCAGCGAUCCCCAUGCACAAGUAUCAUCCACAGCUCUAUCUAUUCGUAUAGGACAUAGAUACGAUCCUAAAGAAUUUCCAGGAUUGGCGCAUUUAUGUGAACAUUUGCUUUUUAUGGGCACAAAAAAAUAUCCCGGGAAAGAUAGUUAUAAUCGUUUUCUUCAUAGUCACGGUGGUGCUUACAAUGCAUAUACAUCUCUUGAUCGUACAUCCUAUAUGAGUGAUGUUAGUCCAAGAUAUCAUUAUGAACAACUUGAUAGAAUGGCUAAUUUUUUUAUUGAACCCUUAUUCUUAGAAGACGCAAUAGAACGCGAAACGCAUUCUGUUAACUCGGAAUUUGAAAUGUAUAGUACUCGUUAUGUUAGAGCUAGAUAUCAGAUUCUUUGCCACAUGUUUGGUAAUUCCAGUUUUUUUCCAAGGUUUACUACAGGCAAUCGUCAAACAUUAUUUUCCGGACCUAGAGCCAGGAAUUUGAGCACUAAACAGGCUCUUCAUGAUUUUUUUAAUAAAUAUUAUCGUCCUCAUGAUAUGAAGUUGGCCAUAUACGGAAACGAAUCACUUGAUGUUUAUCAAGAAUGGGCACAAAGUACAUUUGGUCAGAUUCCAGAUAGAGGUGUAAGAGUUGAUAAGGAUAUAAAUCCAUUUUCUUUUCUACCUAAGCAUCAUUUUUGGUUUGGUUAUCCUGAUAUGUCUCCUGCCUUGUCUCUGGUUUUUUUCGUCCCAAGCUCUGGAAUUCACUAUAAAUCUAUCCCUUAUCAUUAUCUAGAUUAUGUUUUUACUUAUCCAGGGCAUAAGAGUCCUUUGUAUUAUUUUUCGAGACUGUCAUUAGCUUCAAGCAUCGAACUUUCACUUAUGCCAUAUUCUCAGUCCUUCAACCUCCUCUUUGUGAAUUUCGUACUCUUACCUUUGGGAAAAGCACUGUACACGGAGGUGAUUGGAGAGUUUUUCAAAUGUUUACAAUUCUUCAAAGACACCGGGCCAAAUGAAGAAGUUUUUGAAGAAAUAAGGAAAGCUCAAAGGAAUGAAUUUCUUUAUUCUUUUAAAGGUACACCUUUUAAUUAUGCUGAGGAUCUAUCCGUGACUUUGUUGUCUGAAUCUUUUCCUCGUAAACAUGUAUUAAAUAGAUUUUAUCUAAAGGAAUAUGACAAAGAGGAAAUUCUUGAUUUUUUUUCUUAUUUGAACCCUCAUAAUUUUAUCUCUUUUGUAAAUAUGAAUAAGAAAUUUAAUGAAACUGAGCCUUUUUAUGGUAUACCUUACCUGAAAGAGCAUUAUAGUGAAAAAUUUAUAGAGAGCCUUAAAAAUCCUUUGCCUACUAAACUACAAUAUCCUCCUAAGAAUGUUUAUAUUUCUACUAAUAUUCAGAUUACUAUGGAAAAAUUAAAUGAAACUCUAUCUAAACCGGAUAUUUUAAGAGCGUCACCUAUUACCACUCUUUGGUAUAAACAUGGCAGUUUUUUUUACUGCCCAUAUGGGAUUAUACGUGUUUUAUUAAGAAGUCAGUUUAUUAGUUCAAGUCCAACAAAUCUUUAUAAAUUAAGAUUUCUACAAGUCCACUUAUAUACGUCUUUGUCAUAUAGUUCUUUCUAUACUACCAUGGCUGGCUUAGAUUUUAGUAUUACAACUGUAACACAAGGAGUUCUGAUAUACAUUUAUGGAUUCUCGGAUAAAAUUAUGGAAAUCUUUUCUAAAAUUAUAGCUCUUUUUAAAGAUCUAUCUAUUACUGCUCAAGAGUUCGGACGUCUGAAAUCGGUUAUUUUUACUAGUGUUGCACAUAGAUCUAUAGGGGAACCUGGUACAAUUGUAGAUAGUGAAAUUGACGAUAUUCUCUUUUCAGAAAAAACACCUUUAGUUAAUUUGGUACUAUUGUCAGAACAAUUUUUUCAUCCUGAUAUUGCUGCUUUUUUUUAUGAUUUUCUGUCCAAUCUUCAUAUUGAUGUUUUAAUAACAGGAAAUGUUCCUCCACAAGAUGCAUUGCACGUUUUUUAUAUGAUGGAAGCAGUGUUUCAUGCGCAUCCUUUAACACCUUCCCAAUAUAUUAAUAACCGUGCAAUAGAUCUAGAUAGCGGUUCUGAUUAUUAUUAUACUCAAAAAAUGUAUAAUAAAGAAAGAAAAUCUGCAUUGCUUGUGUAUCUUCAAGUCGCUGAAUCCAAUAACAUGAAAAGGGUACAGAUGCUUUAUUUAUUAUUCACGAUCCUGCGUGGUUUUUUCUUUAGCCAAAUGAGAACAAAGGAGCAAUUAGGUUAUUAUGUGACUUCUAAUGUAAGAAUUUCGAAAACCAUUCUAGGAAUCUCUUUUUUAAUUCAAAGCGAAAGACAGCCACAUGUGUUACACUCUCGAUUUGAUGCAUUUUUUGAUAAUUCUCUUGAUAUACUCCUUAAUAUAACGCCUAAGGAAUUUGAUUACUAUUUAGAUGCGUAUAAUGUCAUGUUUAAACGUACUCCUAUCGAAAUUUCCUCUGAAACUUCUCGUAGUUGGAUUAGCAUAAUUGAGGGUACUUAUGUUUUUGAAUAUGAUAAACCUGAUGACCCUAUUGAAUCUAUAAAACUCCAAGAUAUUAUAGAACUAUUAAAAGAACUCCGUGCUUCUAAAAAGCGAAUUUCAUAUUAUGCAUAUUCUCAGAUUAACUCUGAUAUUUAUAAUGUUUUUGAUAUGCCAAUUAGUAAACUUUCUAAGUAUUUAGCUUCUAAAGGAGAAAAAAUUUCAGAGGAGGAACUUCAUGAAUAUGUAUUACUUUCUCAUAAUGUUUCGAGUUUUCGAGCUAAUUUGUUUGGACAUUUAAUCAAGAAUAAAGAUAAUGAUACAGCAGAAUCUUUUCUUAAUGAGACAUUUCAAUUUCUUCAACACCUGUAUAACAAUGAAAAAAAAGAAAUCCUUAAGUCUUACACUUUAAUUGAGGAUAUAACAUAUUUUAAAGCUAACAUGUCCUUAUCUUCAGGUCCUAUUCGUAAAUCAUUAUGGAGUAAAUAUUAUAGAUAAAAAUAGCUUUUGGAAUCCUAA